AUGGCUCAAUGGUUAAAGGCGCCUGGUCUUGCUAUUGUAAUGACUGGAUGUUGGUUUUAUACAUCCAACCAAAAUAUGAACGCUUUUAACAUAUGCGUUUCUUUUGCUGAGCUGAGAAAUGACGUCACCAACUGCGUCAUCAACUGCCUAUCUUCUGGAUGGUAUCCUUACGACAUCCCAGCAACAAGAAAAGCAGAUAGACAAACAUCAUCCGACCCUGGAUACCCGGCAAAUCCACAUGGAUCCCCGCCUUCUAUCAGCAGCAGCAACAGCAGCUACCACACAAACCACAACCACACCAAAUCCUAUAUUACUAAUUAUAUUGUUGGUGAGAGGUUAAAAGUGUUGUGGCUCGUGUCGCCGUUCCGUUGCUAUGGCGCGGUCACCUGCUUCGAAGGCAAGAUGUUCCAGACGCAAGAACUACCGGCUGAAGAUAUAGCGAGUAGAGAUAUUGGUUUCAUCAUAUUAGGAACAUUCAUCAUCGUCAUCAUCAUCUACACCGUCAUAAAUGUCAUGAAGAGGAGCCAAUCAUGUAGAAGAAGACUUCAGAGCAGCGAGGUUGAUGAUUCAUAUUUUUACAUACAGCCUACUCGAAUAAUCGAUCAUAAUUACCAAGGAAGAAACGUGAUUCGUCAGACGAUUUUAAGCUGUCCUGGUGCCAGCCAAUCCAGUGAGAGAACAAACUUGACCCUAUUUUUACCAGCCAAUCAAGAGCACGCUAAUCACCGGACGGCACCUGAUUGCUUACAAACAGAUGGCAACAACAUUAUCAUAACUCCUCCUCCUUAUGACGUCAGCCAUGAUCAGAAUGAUAAGCCCCCGCCUUACCAAGAAUCAGUAGAUAACGAUCGAUUAACUUUGCAGUAUCAAAAUACAGAUAUCAAUAAUAAUAAUACGGAAAUUAUCAAUAAUAUCAAUAAAAUUUGUAAUAAUAAUAAUAAUAACGACAAUGAAGUUAAUAAUAAUAAUAAUAAUAAUAACCAUAGUAACAAUAAUAAUAAAGUAACUAAAUGA